AUGGCGACGUUUAAAAACAUCAUGAGAAUUUCACCGACUAUUCAAAAUAUCAAAAAAUUAAUUAAUAAAUUCUCAUUUUUUGCCAAUCCGUAUACAAAAAAUACAUUAUUGAACGUGUCACACAGAUCAUGUGUAAAAAGUGUUACUGCUGCGUUUCACACUACUGCAAAACGAAAUGAUUUAAUGGAAUUUUUUGAUAAUGAAAAAAAUUGGGGUCAAGAUCGUGUUAGAGUUGGUCGUUCAUGGAAUAAAGAUGAAUUAAGGCUCAAGAGUAAUGAAGAUCUUCAUAAGUUAUGGUAA